AACUUGACAGUCUCAAACAGUCUCAAACCUCAAAAAUCAAAAUAAAGUUUUAAUUCUUUAAUUAUUCGAUGUACCGAUGUACAAUUCAAAUGUAUUCAAUGUUUUAACACAAGCCCUAACUUAACAAUAAGCACUUUUCAGCAAUGGUUUUAUAGCAUAGAUAUAUACCAGUGGUUAUUUCAAGUCACUGUUAUAAAAGGAUUACUCCUAAGCUUAGAGCCCUCUGACCAACAAGUUCUAUAUUAUGAGGAAUACUUUGUUGUAUAGAAAAACUUUGGGUAAAUAGUGAAAUGAAAGUUUGAUAUCUUGAAAAUGGAUAGAAACAUUUAAAAUGUGGUGCAGUGUACCUCUCUGUGAGAACUCUAGAGAAAAUAAACUUUUAAAAACAAAUCCUAAAUCACUAGAAAUCACAUAUCAUGGGUUCCCAACUAUACAGUGGCUCAAAUACUCGUGGCUGGUCUCCCUGGGUAUGGAGGAGAGUCAGCUGUUGGAGCCAGCAAUGGUAUGCUCCGAACACUUCCAUCAUGAUGACUUUGUGAUGGGCACCCAGAGGCUGAAGAGCGAUGCGCUGCCGUCUGUAGUGCAGGUGUGCAUCAUAUGCCUUGACACAGACACCAAGCUGUAUCCACUAGCCAAAUAUAAUUUAUCUGAAGCAUACUACAAUGUAACUGGAAUAUCUUUGUGCAGUAAGCUGAAGCUGUCACCUAAAUUGUGUGUAGAAUGUGCUCAUAGAUUGGUCAGUUGUAACAAAUUCAGAGACAAGAGUGUGAGGGCCCAUAACCUAUUACUGCAGCUAUAUGAGAGACACAAUGUGUUAUCAACACAAAAUGUAAAAACAAUAAACAGAGAAGAAAACAAAUUAACAUCCAACAUAAGAAAGAAAACAUUCAUGCCUGACCACUAUGAUUAUAAUUAUACCUACACAGAAGAAAAACAAAUGCAUCCACUACAAAUUGAGAAAAUUGUGAUAUCUGUAGAUACUACAACUGAAGUUAAAAUAGAAACUGAAAAUGACGAUGGACUUAAAGAGGAGUUAUCUAAUGAAAACUUUGAUAGCGAUGAAGAUGACAUAGACAAUGUAGAUAUGACAGAUAAUAAAGGCGUGGAAGUAAUAAAAAUAGACAGAGACAAUAUAGAGGAUUUCAUAAACAAUGAUGUUUUCACGGAUGUGGAAUUCCCGAAUGUAGAUAAUUGUGAUGCUGAUAUAGAUUUUAUGGAUGAGGAUGACAAUUUGAAGUUAUCAAGUAUUAUUAAAAGUAGUAAAAGUAAGAUUAGUAAAAUUAAUAAAAAGAAACUUAGUAAAGACGUGAAGGUGAAAGUUAAAAAAGAUGGGAAAAAACGUGUGAAAUCUGAAGUUAGAGGUCGUCCGGGAAGGAAACCAGGUUUCAAAGAGGAGUUAAAACUGUUCAAAGUGACAGAACUGAGUCACGAAGAGCAAAUAGCUGAAAUACAGAAGAGACAGGAGACGUCCAACUACAAGAACUCUCCGUUCAAAUGCACCACGUGUUACAAGGGUUUCUGCGAUAUAAACGCUUACAAUAGACAUAUGGACAAACAUACUAAUAAAUUCGGCCAAUUCGCGUGUCCCAUAUGUGGACUCCACACUAAGAAUCCGUACAGAGUGAACAAACACUUGGGUAAUACCCAUGCGGCGAGAUACAGCUGCACUAUCUGUCCGUUUGUCACCAGGAGUAGGAAUUCCGCGAAAGCCCACGAGAGAUGGCACGACGGCAAGAAGUACAAAUGUCCCCAUUGCGACGAGGAAUUUAUCAAGAGCACUUCGUACAUGUCGCACGUGCGCAUAAAGCACCCUUCAGACUUCGUGUGCACGCUGUGCGGGUUCUCGUUCAUCGGCGAGCGCGGCCUGCGGAUGCAUCUCAAUAUGAAACACCGUUUUGACGACAUCCAGAACCCGCUGGGCCCAGUGUGCGAAGAGUGCAACAUACGCUUCGCGUCCGACGCCGCCUACCACCAGCACAUGAAGGUGUCCCCCAAACACGCCACCGCAGACACAUUCAAACUGAACUACCCGGUGAGGAAGGUGUGCCGCAACCAGGCCCGGCCUGCCAAACCUGCCAAGCGUGAGCCGGCCGCUCCUCCCAAGCCCAUCGGUCCCGUCGACUGCGAGCAAUGUGGCAUCAAACUGAAGGGCUCUAGAAGUUACGCGAUGCACUUCAAGAAAUAUCAUCCGGACAAAAACCGCACAAAGUUCCCCAAAGCGAGAAUUAUGUGUGAACUGUGCGGGAAGAUAUUCACGUGCAUGGCGCAUCUCCGCUACCACAUGCCGAUACACGCGGAACAGAAGCAGUUCAAGUGUGACGUGUGCGACAAGAGGUUCGCCUUCAAGGCCAACCUGAUGAACCAUGUGGUGAUACAUGACGAGACGCGCCCGCGCUUCGAGUGCGCCGUCUGCGGGAAGAACUUCUCCAACCAGCAGAACAGGUGGCGGCAUAUGUUUGUGAGUAUCAUCAUGUGAUAAUGUAUCAUAUAUGCGACAAGAGCCAACCUGAUGAACCAUGUGGUGAUACAUGACGAGACGCGCCCGCGCUUCGAGUGCGCCGUCUGCGGGAAGAACUUCUCCAACCAGCAGAACAGGUGGCGGCAU